GGACAUCACCACUCAUCUCAUGGCGGACACCAUUCAUCGCAUGGAGGGGGAGGCGGACAUGGAGGCCAUAAUGCUGGACACGGACACUGGGUUAAGUAAGAUGGAUAUAGCAAACAUGGAAAAUCUUGGGAAAUUUAUUAAAAUGACAAACUCCUACUUGACUAAAGGUAAUCAUGGACACGGCAAACACGGCCACUGGGGAAACCAUGGUCACGGGGGUUGGCAUAAACACGGAGCUAAUAAACACGGAAGCCAUUGGGGCAAACACGGUGCUGGACAUAACAAGGGUCAUUGGGGUAAUUGGGGCAACAAGUUACAUAGAGUUUAG